AUCUAAUUAGAUCCUCUUCUUCGUCUUGACCUUUCAUAACCUUGAUUCUCCCCGACAAAGAUACCCUACCCAACCGGCACUUUCUUCUCUGCGGUCUGAAUACACUGUACAAUCAUAUUCAAAAGAAAAACACAAUAUGCCUCUCGUCGUCCCAGGUAUCAACUCCAAGGACUCAUCCUCGACAGACUCGUGGAUGACCAAACUCAUGGGCAAAAAACUGUCCGACUCCUCCUCCUCCGACGCUUCGAGUUUCGCCAAAAAGGAUCUACCACAAAACCAUCGCAUCGUCGAUCACGAAGGUGGUAUGAUGACAAUGGAUCAUAAUCCUGAUAGACUAAACAUUCAUGUCGACAAGGAUGGCACGGUCAGAAAAGUGACUCACGGUUGAAAAAAAAAUCCAUAUACCAUCGUAUCGGAUAACAAGGAAUAUGGAUUAUGGACAUAUUGACCCUCAAAGUAUCAAGUAAAAUAUGUAUCCCAUGCUCCGUGGAAUGCGAUGAAAAGACAUACAUGCACACGAGAUUAAAUGAAUAUGAUUUUCUUCGACGUCUAUUACAAUAUACACACUUACACUUCAAG